AGGGCGCAGUAGGAGUCGGCCGGGGCAGGUCUUGCUGGCUUGUACGCUCGCUCUCCCGCUUGCCUGCUUGCUUGCUUGCUUGCUUGCUCCCGCUCCCGCUCCCACCGCCGGCAGCUCCUCUGCAGGCCACCCCGCCGCCCGGGAUCAUCCCCCGGCCUUUCGCUUCCUUGGGCAUCUUCCCCGCCGGCGGCCCGGGCCCUGCCAGCUGUGCCCGGCGCAUCUGGAUGCCGCUCUGACCUCCCUCGCUUUGCUUUUUGGAGCCGAUCCGCGUCCCGGAGGCUCAGGGUUUCCCGCGGGGGGCCUCGCCGGCCGAUGGAGCGACGGCUGGAUGCGAUGUGGGACGAGCUCAGCCCCGCCCGCGGGGUCGCCAGGCCUCCCCGCCUGUCGGGCCUCUCCCUCCUCCCCACGGCCCGGGGCCUCUUCUGUUCUCCGGAUCCCGGACCCGUCACCAACUCUCCUGUCACCAACCUCACCCGGAACAUGGACGGUCUCACCGGACUAGGGAGUAACAGUGAGACCCCGAAGAGCCGGAAGAGGGACCUGACCUUCAGGAACCGGAGAACCUUUCUCUCUCAGGAGUCUGUGACCUCUGAGUCUUCUGAUGGAGGUGUCUGUUUGGAUUCCCCCAGCCAGCUGGAUCCCCAGGCCCAGGAAGAAGCCUUUGAGAAAGCAAUUCAGGAAUCGGGCAGAGUCAUUAGAGAUAAUAAGUUUCCCAUCAGAAGGAUCCAGUCCCUGCCGAUGAGACUUCUGGGCUCCAGUCCCGCUCUGAAGAACAUUACCAACGCCAGAAACCUGCCUCCCUCUCCUGUGGAUGGCCCAGAACACAAGCAGGCCAGUCUGUGGGACAACAAGGAGAAUGAAGGGUUUGUGUUCAAGAUGCCCACCCGCCCCACGGCCCGCAGCCGUCCGCAUGCCGUCGACUCGGCCAGCCGGAGGGAUGCGUUUGCCCAGAGACCGAACUCGGCACCUGAUCUGAUGUUCUGCAGUCCAGAGCGAAGUGAGGCUGAGGACGAGGCCGCCAGCCCCAUGUGCCUGCGCCGUUGCUCGCUCACCUCGAUCCUGGUGGACGAGGGCGAUGACGGAUUUAUGGACAUUCUCGAGCAAGACCUGAAGAAUGAUGACGACGAUGUCCCCUUCGGAAUGGAAAGUUUGCUCACUGCACCCCUUGUCGGGAAGAAAGAGGACUUAGUCAUGCACAGCAAGUGCCGCCGCCUCUUCCGCUCACCCUCCAUGCCCAGCAGUGCCAUCCGCCCCAUCCUGAAGAGGCUGGACCGGCCCCAGGACAGGGACACGCCCAUCAAGACCAAGCGAAGGAAGAGCAUCACCUCCCCAGCCUGUGAAAAGGCAGAGGAGGAACCGAGAGCACGAAUCCUGCGCUCUAAAUCUCUGUGCCACGAUGAAAUUGAGAACUUUCUAGAUAACGACCGGAGAGAACUGAUUGGCGACUACUCCAAGGCCUACCUGCUACAGACAGUGGAUGGGCGGCAUCAGGACCUCAAAUACAUCUCUUCAGAAACGAUGGUGGCCGUGCUGACGGACAAGUUCAGCAACAUCAUCGAGAAGUGUAUCAUCGUGGACUGCAGAUACCCUUACGAAUUCGAAGGAGGUCACAUCAAGGGUGCCGUCAACCUACCCCUGGAACAGGACGUCGAGAAUUUCCUGCUGAGGGAGCCGAUUGUUCCCCAGAAGAAAGAGAAGAGAGUGAUUCUGAUCUUCCACUGUGAAUUUUCGUCUGAGCGGGGACCCCGGAUGUGUCGAUUUGUCAGGGAGAAAGACCGAGCGACCAAUGACUAUCCCAACCUGCAUUAUCCCGAGAUGUACGUGCUCAAGGGCGGCUACAAGGAAUUCUUCCCCCAGUUCCAAGCCUUCUGCGAGCCUCAGGGCUACCGGCCCAUGAAUCACGAAGACUUCAAGGAAGAUCUGAAGCGAUUCCGCCUCAAGAGCCGGACCUGGGCAGGGGAGAGGAGCAAACGGGAGAUGUACAGCCGCCUCAAGGACUUCUGAAGGGCCGGGAGAGCAGGACUCGUGCCGCGCCCCCUCCCUCCCCACCCCUCCCCUCCCCCUUCCUUUUCUCCCUACCUCUGGCUCUCCAGGAAAAGUGGGGCUAGAACUGUGGACCAUUUCCGCAGCCUCCCCCGCCAGCCAUUAUCACAGAUGGAAACCCCAUGCCUUAUGCCUCAGGACCACCAUCAGUCUUCUGACCACAUGCCUUGCUCAGUCUGACUUUUCCCCUUGGAACCUGAAUGUUCCAGGACAAGUGGAGGAGAAGACUCUUCUCAGCACUGCCUCUCACCUCCUCCAGCAUAGAUGGAUGAAUCUGGAUUUGGAGAAUCCUUGCCCCCCUCCUCCCCUCCACCUGCACCAGUGGUGCUUCCUGUUUAGACCCUGGUUGUCGUCGGGACAGUGUGGAUGUGUGUGUGUGUGUUUACGUGUGUGUGAGAGGCUGUCGCUGGGGCCCCGCCAAGGUCCUUGAACCUAAGGCCUUGUUAUGGACAUUUUGGCAGCUAUAACCCAGCACCCCUCCUAUGUAGAAUCUUGCGAGCCAUGUAGAAUUUAACUCUUCUCGUUGCCCUCCCUUUGGCCCCCACACACGCGGGUCCCGUGGACUGUGAGAGAGGACGGUACGCCAAGCACAAGAUGAUCGUCAUGGUCAAUGGAAUUGGACAUCGACAUCGUUCCUGGAGAUGGAACACCCCCAAGGCCGAGUGGAUGAGGAUUAAACUUGCCAGCGUUUAGGGAUGGGGAGUCCGCUUUGGUUUUGAAACUGUCUCGGUCGCUCCCUGGAUCUGACCCCUGUAGACACUACAGUCUUGUUGGCUUCGGACUUCCGCUUCCAGUUCUCCAUCUUUGUAAGAUGGAAGAGGAGAGAGGCGCAGUCUGAAGCUGUGAUUUUUAUCUCUCUUCCCCUCUGGGAGUCAGGGCGGUCCACCCCACCCACCUCUGCUCAUUGUGUGUUUAGGCAUUUUUAAAAUACUUGCACAACAGAUGUUAUUGCACAGGAAUUCUCCUUUUAAACCAGCAGGUAGGGAAGGUCCAGGGAGGCUUCCAUAUUUCACAUUUUUAGAACCUCUUCUGGGCCUUCAUAGCCUUGACCCUCCCCCCACAAUGAACUUGAAGAGCAGGAAUCACGUUCAGAUGGAAAUCAUGUAGUAUGAAUUUGGAAGCCUUUCGGAACUCACACUCAGAACUAUUCCCUCGGACGGUCAACCCCACAGUGCUUAGCUGUCGGGAGCCGUACACAGCCAAAGUUACUGCCUGGUUCCUCUGUGACCUAAGGUCUUUCAUCCCGGUCCCUCCCCCCCGACCGCAGAAGCACUUAUGAACUGGACUCUUGUGUGCGCAGGCGAAUGGUGACUGUUUCACAUGUGGGCUCUACAGGGUGGGUUUGCUUUUAGCUUUUCUUAUUUACGACUCAAGCCCCAGUCAAAUCUCUGGGGUGGGAGAAGUAGUUGGUGGGGGUGACGAGCCGUUUUCUAACGUGGAAGUAUUAACCUGUAGACGUGAUGCAGCUCACUCAUUAAAAGAUUCAUUAAAAUGAA